CGCGUAUUGUAUAAUUCGUGUUUUUCCAUUUGAUAUUUCUUCGACUUACAAGAAUCGAUUCUUGCUGUGGCAUAUAAUUUCUUGCACAUUGUGUUAAUCGAGACCCGUGGGGAAGAAGUUAAUUUCUUUUUCUCUCUGUCGAUUCGAUUCUUUAUUUUUUUUUUAAGUCAUUUUGCGCCUGCAGAACACUUUUUUUUUUGAAGAUUUAUCUCCAUGGUAAUGCUGUGCGAAUUUAAUCAAAAAUUUUACGCGCAUUUGUGGGCAUAAAUUACACGUUUGAAUAUAUUAAAUAUACUCUCAGGCCAACAUUGUAUAUAAACGUGAAAGUGAAUUUAUAUUUGUGAAGAAGAAAAAAAAUAAUCAUCAUCUCGCACGCACACCAGGUGCUAACAAACUGAUCUCAAACGAUGACACUGUGGCAAGCCUUGAUUCGACGGAAAAGAUAUGGAAAUGCCGAUGAAGGCGGCGAAUCAAAAUUGGCUCGAGUACUCACCCUAUUCGAUCUAACGGCGUUGGGUGUUGGAAGUACACUUGGUCUUGGCGUCUACGUCUUAGCUGGAUCGGUUGCGUAUGAACAAGCAGGCCCAGCGGUUGUCAUUUCCUUUGCAGUGGCAGCUAUAGCUUCGGCUUUCGCGGGAUUGUGUUAUGCUGAAUUUGCAGCUCGUGUCCCGAAGGCUGGCUCGGCGUACGUAUACAGUUAUGUUACGAUUGGAGAAUUCGUUGCUUUUAGUAUUGGUUGGAAUUUGAUAUUAGAAUAUGUUAUCGGCACAUCAAGUGUGGCGCGCGGACUCAGCGGUUAUGUUGACGAAUUGUUUGAGAAAAAGAUGAGCAUUUAUUUGCAGAGUAUCUUACCGAUCGACAUUGACUUUCUUGCCAACUAUCCGGACAUUCUUUCGUUCUUCAUCAUCAUGCUACUGGCCGCACUUCUGUCGACCGGUGUAAAAGAGUCCAGCAUCCUAAAUAACGUCUUCACAACAGUAAACAUCAUAACAGUCCUGAUUGUACUGGUUGCUGGUGGAAUAAAAUGUGAUCCAGCCAAUUGGAACAUACCAAAAGAUCAAAUUCCAGAAGGAAUUAAAGGUGGUGAAGGGGGAUUUAUGCCUUAUGGAAUCGCUGGCAUUAUGGCUGGAGCGGCAAAAUGUUUUUACGGUUUCGUCGGUUUUGAUUGCGUCGCUACAACCGGAGAGGAAGCUAAGAAUCCACAGAGAAACAUUCCACUGUCAAUUGUCAUCUCACUGAUCAUCAUAUUCUUAGCGUACUUCGGCAUAUCAACCGUUUUAACAAUGAUGUGGCCGUACUACUUGCAGAAUCCCACAGCACCGUUUCCGCAUGUCUUUCAACAAAUUGGUUGGAUAGAAAUCAAAUGGAUUGUAUCGAUCGGAGCAAUUUUCGCAUUAUGUACAAGUUUACUGGGAGCAAUGUUUCCGUUGCCCCGAGUCCUGUAUGCCAUGGCUCAAGACGGAAUUUUGUACAAAAUAUUGAAGCGAAUCCAUCCGAAAACACAGACACCAGUCGUAGCAUCAAUGUUGUCCGGCUUAUUAGCCGCAUUUAUGGCUCUGAUUUUCGAUUUACAUCAACUUAUCGAUAUGAUGUCCAUUGGAACGCUGCUGGCGUACACAAUAGUUUCGGUUUGUGUAUUGGUACUACGAUACAACGAUGAUGCGAUGGUCGAUGAAGUCAGUGUAACAUUGCCGCAAUUUUUACGACAACUGGCUAACAUAAAUUUCAUCAAACGUCCCAACAGUCUCUCCUCAUACAUUACGAAAAUCGGAGUUGUUGUAUUCAGUGCAUUAUCAAUCGUACUUUGUUCAAUCUUAGGGUAUGCAGAUAUUACAUCGGUUGUAACAAUUGUAUUGAUUAGUAUUGUUUGUGGCGCAAUGGCACUUGUUGUGCUGAUUAUCGGCAGACAACCUCCGGCCGAUGAUAAUUUAUCGUUUAAAGUACCCUGGGUGCCCGUUGUGCCAUGUUUGAGUGUGUUCAUCAAUUUGUAUUUGAUGUUCCAAUUGGACAUGCAUACGUGGAUUCGGUUCGUCGUUUGGAUUGUAAUUGGCUACAUUAUCUACUUCACGUACGGUAUACAGCAUUCGGUGGAAGGUGACCUUGCCAGGAAGGAGAAGCUGAAAGAAUCAAAAGCGGUAAAUUCGUUCUAUGAAGCCAAUCACAUAGCAUUGAUGCCGAACGAGAAAAUUUUCAACUCAAGUUAUACCGUUGCGACGAAUAUUUAAGUGAUUUAAGUGAGGUACAGAUUGAUAUAGAAACGGAUGGAUAUUAAUUGGUGUCUUGCACAGAAGACCAAUCGUUUUUGUGAUAUAUAUAC